UCACCUGACGAAUGCAGUGUGACCAAAGGAGGGAAGAUGGUGGGAAGUCCUGACACCGUGGGGAUGAGCUAUGGCAGCUACAUGGAGGAGAAGCACAUGCCACCCCCCAACAUGACCACCAGCGAGCGCAGAGUGAUCGUUCCCGCAGACCCUACUCUGUGGAGCACAGACCAUGUCCGACAGUGGCUGGAAUGGGCAGUGAAAGAAUACGGUCUUCUAGACGUGGACGUCUUGUUGUUUCAGAACAUUGACGGGAAGGAGCUGUGCAAGAUGACGAAAGACGAUUUCCAGAGGCUCACCCCCACUCCCCUUCCGCAUUUGACUUCAGACGACGUUGAUAAGGCUUUACAGAAUUCUCCACGGUUAAUGCAUGCCAGGAACACAGGGGGUGCAGCUUUUAUUUUCCCAAAUACUUCAGUAUAUCCUGAAGCUACGCAAAGAAUUACAACUAGGCCAGAUUUACCUUAUGAGCCUCCCAGGAGAACAACCUGGACCGGCCAUGGCCACCCCACCCCCCAGUCCAAAGCUGCUCAGCCAUCUCCUUCCACAGUGCCCAAGACGGAAGACCAGCGCCCUCAGUUAGAUCCGUACCAGAUUCUGGGACCCACCAGUAGCCGCCUCGCUAAUCCAGGUAGUGGCCAGAUCCAGCUGUGGCAGUUCCUCCUGGAGCUCCUGUCGGACAGCUCAAACUCCAACUGCAUCACCUGGGAAGGCACCAAUGGGGAAUUCAAGAUGACGGACCCUGAUGAGGUGGCGCGGCGCUGGGGCGAGCGUAAGAGCAAGCCCAACAUGAACUAUGACAAACUCAGCCGCGCCCUCCGUUACUACUAUGACAAAAACAUCAUGACCAAAGUGCACGGGAAGCGUUACGCCUACAAGUUCGACUUCCACGGAAUCGCGCAGGCCCUCCAGCCCCACCCUCCUGAGUCCUCUCUGUACAAGUACCCCUCUGACCUCCCGUACAUGGGCUCCUAUCAUGCCCACCCCCAGAAGAUGAACUUUGUGGCUCCCCACCCUCCAGCUCUCCCAGUCACGUCAUCUAGUUUCUUUGCUGCCCCAAACCCAUACUGGAAUUCACCGACCGGGGGCAUUUACCCGAACACUAGGCUUCCCGCCAGCCAUAUGCCCUCUCACCUGGGCACUUAUUACUAG